GAGAUGUGCACAUCCGCCACCGCAAGCUGAGCAAUCGACACUUUUAAUUCACACCGCAAUUCGCCGCAAUUGUAAUUUAAAAGAUACUUUAAAUUCCGGCCCGGGAGAAAAAUCGUUUCACGUUGAAGAACCUUCGAGAAGGAGCUCGUGAAGCCACCACCACUGCUUCUGCCUGGGAGUGACGUCAUCUCUGAGGAAGGCGGACUGACUGACAGACUGGAGGACGGACAGACAGCUCACAGACAGACAGACGGUGUUUUGUUUUGGUCGCAGUUCGGGACUCUGGACUGACACCGACGGUUUCCCGCAGAUUCAGACCGAACCAUCACGCCUCAGUGCGGGGAGCAGCAAAGAUGAAAUGGAUGUUUAAAGAGGACCAUUCCCUCGAGCACCGAUGUGUGGAGUCGGUCAAGAUACGCAACAAAUACCCCGACAGAGUGCCGGUGAUCGUGGAGAAGGUCUCCGGCUCUCAGAUCACGGACAUCGAUAAGAGGAAGUACCUGGUUCCCUCUGACAUCACAGUGGCCCAGUUCAUGUGGAUCAUCAGGAAACGCAUCCAGCUGCCUUCAGAGAAAGCCAUCUUCCUCUUCGUCGACAAAACCGUCCCACAGUCGAGUCUGACCAUGGGCCAACUCUACGACAAGGAGAAGGACGAGGACGGAUUCCUGUACGUGGCGUACAGCGGCGAGAACACCUUUGGCUACGAGAGCUUUUAUACAACACGGGGUUAAUACUUGACUGAAUACCGGUCCCACACACACGCACACACGCACACACAGACACACACAGACACACAGUGCACACCGUGUCACAGCGUCACUUCUUCAUACGUAAAUAAUGCACCGACACACUUGGUAAAGUCAUUUACAGAUUUUUGAUACUGAAAAAAUACCCAUUUCUGAUGAAGCUUAGCAUUACCACAACACUCUGGUUAACAUUUCGUUUAUUUCUUUUAUUUAUCGGGGCUGAGAUUAAGUCAUUCUUGAUAUUCUAAGUUGGACUUUUUUGGCCACAGUGACACAAGUGUAACACUGCCAUGAAGCAAAAGAAUAAUUAUGACCCCACGUAAGGCCAGUUCUCAUGAAGCAUAAAAACGCUGGUGGUGCGUUCACACUUAACGCGAUGUGAUUAUUAUUUUUAUUAGUUAUAUAAUUAGUCAGGCAUGGAAGCGCUACAGUUCAAAUGUGAAAUAUGAUUUUUGUUUAACAGCAAUGUAGCAGAAUAGCUAAUUAGCACCUCGAUCUGGAUCGAGACCAGACUAGCUGUACAAGUUAGCAUUAGCAUCAUGUGAAUAGUGGCUUGUUGCGUUUCCUUCCCUUACUCCUUCACUUCAGGUUGAAUUUAAGUUCAUUUGCUGCACUUUAUGACGGACAUAGUUAGCAUUAGCAUUAGCCCUGGGGAAGUAGUUGCGAGUUGUGUCCACUUGCUUCACGCCGUCACUUCAGUUCCUCGAGUUUAAAUUUCUUUGAAUCCGAGUGAUAACUUUUUGUUUUUUUGUCGACGCCAUAUGGCCACAGCUAAGCAGCCUCUCUGUGUGUUGUUGUUUUCUUGCGUUACGCUGCGUCAACAGAGAGAAAAUGUUGGUUUUACUUUACUUGAAGCAAAGUUAGCAUUAGCUUUAGCCCUGGGCAAGUAGUUGCGAGUUGUAUUCACUUGCUUCACUCCUUCACUUCAGUCGCUGGAGUUGAAAUAUUUGAAUUUACAGACUUUUUACAGAAGCUGUUGGUUGCACUUUAUUAUAAAUGUAGUUAGCAUUAGCAUUAGCCCCAGGCAAGUAGUUGCUGGUUGUGUUGGUAAUAACGUUGGGUGUGAACGUGCCGCUAGAUUAAAGCGACGCGUCGUGCUAUAGUUAAACGUGAUUGUCGUACGUUUGAUUGUCACGUGACAUUUGUGUUUACCUGAAGUGAGAGAAUAAAAGCCUGUGUAAUCAUAUGAUCAGUCACAGUCAUGCAUCAGUGUCUUCAGUGAUUCCUCACAUGAUGCCACAAAUAUCAACAUCACCCUGGACUCAGACCUGUGAUGUCAUGAAAAGUCACUCACUCUUAAGUUCAUUUUCAUGCAGGACCUCAACAUCUGUGACGUCCCGUUGCCCCAGAGGUUAGCGGCUCAAACGCUCACACAAGACCUUCAGCAGGAAGAAAAUCACUGAAGUCACGUUAAAGGGAAAAGUUCAGGUGUUUUCAAACAAGGCGCUGGCACACGAAUAAGACAGCUACUGCUCUGAAAACAUGGCUGCCAACGAGCAAGCAGAGUGUAGCCACUUAACAAUCUAGUUCAAGUUUUCCACGCCUUCAGAAUAGCUUUGGCUUCACUUUGUGGACCGCUCACUCUCCCACACCAAAGUCCACAGAGAAAACCAGUUUUGAACCAUUUGAACAUCACACACACACACACACACACACACACAGGAGCUGCUGAUCCACUGCUGCCUCCAUCACUAAGUUCUAAUGUCUUAUUUGUUACUUUGCGAAACCCUUAAUUCAGAUUAACCUCAGUGACACAAAGUGACCACAUGGGUCCCCGCGAGCUAAAAUCACUGAUUUUCCUCUGUGGACUUUGGUGUGGACGACAGAGCACACGUCAAUACCUUAUACAAACAACACUAUUGCUCAACUACUGGACAGACAUGUUACGGAUUUAAUACAUACAGCAAACACAACAACCCUACAGUAUUCUAAAGGGAUUAAGGGAAGAUUUAAGUGAUCUGUGUUUACCUGCAGCCGCGGCGUCAGACACCAGGGGGGUAUUCCAUCAACGUAGCUAAGAAUUGCCAGACUUAGGUGUUAGCUUGAAGCUUGACUAAGCUCCACCUCCCAAUCUAGCUCCAAGUCGUUCCAUCAAGUGAAAUCAGCUGGCUCCACCUGACGCUUAGUCAAGCCUCACCUGUUAAGCCUCAACUUGUGCACGCCCACAGGGACAAUAAAAAGCCCAUUCUAGUCGAGCGCGGAAACUGUGAAAAAUGCCGAAAAGCAAGAGGAAAAGAACGUGCAGAGAUGUUCUCUGCAGCGGAGCAAACCCUCCUCAUGGAGGUAUAUGAGGAUUACAGCCACAUAAUCCCAAAGAAGGGACAACAUAUAUGUAGACAAUAAUCUACCAAUGAUUUCUUGAUGGUUUUUGUUUUAAACUGAUCAAUUAUGUGGACCUAUUAAUGCAACCAAAGCCCUAAAAUGAAAAGGAAAAUCCCCAAAGAACAAAAAGACAGCCCUAAUAAGUGACAUUCAUAUGAACAUAAUUAAAAUAGCAUUAUUGUGAAAUUCUCCAUAUUUGAUCCUUUGGCAGCCCUAGUAGUGAUGUUAGAAAGUGAUAUUCAUCAUGUUGGUUAUCAUUCUAUAGGAAAUAAUCAUAUGACAGAUCUAUUGAUUAUUUAUCUAGAAUCAUUUAGCAAAUCAAGCAAUUCAAUGGAGACGAGGACCCUUAUUACAGUAAGUGAAUGCAGGUGACAGCAAAUCAAUCAUCAAUCAAUCUUUUAUUUUCAAUGCCUCAAUUUCCUUUUAUUUUAUUUUUUUGCUAAUUAGUUUAAUUUUGUAUUUAUUUGUGUCUUAUUUUUUAUUAUAUUUUAUUUUGGGGAUAAUGUUCUUUCAUGUACUUGUAUAUAAUAUAUAAUUAUUAGUAUAAAUAAUUUCUUUACUACAUUUUAUUAUAUAUAGUUUAUGUUUAUCAUAUUAUUUUAUCAUUCCAUGACAGUUGUGUGUCUCUGUUUCUGUCUGUUGGACAUUCUUUGAUCAUAGAUGGUGCUAAGCUUCACUUUUAGCCUGCUACAGACCAGGUUUGCCCGGCAGCAUCAGUUACCAUGGUUACAUGGCUGGCAUUCACAUUAGCCACCUUGGUGGAACAGGGUUGAGGCUCAGAUUGAUGGAACGGAAACCUGAGCCACAGUUAUGGCUUAGCCAGAGUCAUAGUUUCCAUGGUUACUGAGUUGGGGCUAAUCUCAGCCUCUCACUCAUAUUAGCCAGACUUGGCCAUUGAAGCUUGGCUUUGCCUUUAGCCUGCUUGAUGGAAUCCCCCCCUGGUGUGUUUCCACACGCUAACGCAUGUACAUGUGAACCACGCGGCUGAUGAAACAUGUACGUAAGUGUCAUGUAUUGAUGUUGACAAUUACUUCAUGUCAUCGGUGUUGUAUGAUUAAACUGAAUUUUAGACAUAUGAAAAGUAGCUGGAUGACCUGACCAAUAAAGGUGAAUGUAAACUGAA